AUGGCGUGUUGGGUGCCCGGAAGUCGCUCGCUCUCGAGUGCACCCAUGUUUCUGUCCCCUUCGUUUGAGGUUGCAGCUGGCAUGUCAGCGGGUAGUGCAUCCCGGCUCUCGUUGGCGGUCGCGAGGCGCGACGGAUGGUGGGGUUUGAGAAUGAUGGGCAUCUCGUCGUGCUCAUGGGGACCGGAAGGGAGCUGGCGUGUUGGUCGAAAAGUACGUGGACAACUGCUCUCGUGUCGGGAUGCCGGCUCUUCCAUCUACGUGCUGCUGGCGUCCGAGAGACGGCUCCCAGAUGGCACCUUUGAACUUUCUCGGCUUGCCAUGGCGUGCUUCCCUGUUGGCCGGGUGUCGUCCUCGUAUUGGUGGGACGCGCUACUGAAGCUGCAGCCAACAGCCGUCAUGGUGACGUCUUUCCACAAGGUCCGUCGCAAUGGUGGUGCGACAAGACGCAAGAACAGAAAUCUUGUGCGCGAGAGGACGACUCGGGAGCAAGAGAAGGGGAUCCUCCACGAAGAGAUCGCGGAGUUGAAGUACCGUCUGGCCUUGACUGAAGCCGAAUUAAACGAAAGAAUUCGUCCCUGUGACUCCGGAAGCACCAGCGCUGAUGUCGUUGCAUUGUCGACGGCCUCGACAACGGAGUUAGACGACGAUUGGUCCGUCGAUGGAUCAUCUGUCGUUGGAGACUGGCAAGACGACUCGUCCGUGGCUCCAACAGACGACACAUGUUGUUCGUCUGCAGGGUCGAUCUCGGCAACAGAAUGCCAAUAUGAAUGUGCUGAAGCGCUAUACGCCAGCGAAUCGACUUCCGGAGCUCGCUGCAAUCUUGGGCCCCAGCGCAAGGUCGUCUGCACACGUUGUGACGGGAUCGCUGCCGCUUAUGCUGAGCUAGAGCAGAAGAUCGUCAGACCUGGUUCCUUUGCCGAGAGGACUCGACUCUUCGAUGCCGAUUUCUACACCACAGUACACUCCAAGCUUUACAUCCCUCAGAAGCAGCUGAUGGAGAUCGAGACAAGCGCACACGAUCUGGUGAAGCAAGUUUGCGACAAGCAUGUUCAAGCUCAUUGUCCAGAGGUGGCACUCAUCAACUUCCCGGAGUGGCAUGGUGAGCUUCGGCUUGGCUACGACGAGAUCAUGGACAUCCAGCUUCCGAACCAGCAGACCGGUCCAUAUCGGACCUGCAUCGAUCCCUGCCCCGAGCUCAGGCACACCAUGCUCUUGGGCACAGAUCUGCGAAACUCAGACUGUCAUCGGGAUUUUCAGACGCCUUCCGAGCUAGAGAGGCUACUUGCGAAGGCCCAGCGUAUCGCCGUCAUCUUCCCAGAUGAGCAGGCUGCUAGCCAGCUGCGCCGGAUGAGAGAUCAUCUACAGGAGGCUGUGAAGACUGCACUUGCCGAGAUUGAGAUGAGAGAUGCGUUGGCUAGCACCAUGCAGCCUGAGCGAUGGGAGACUCACCACGAACGCUUUUUGGAAUGGGUCAACUUCAAUUCGGAAUGCAUCAGUGGUAUGGAGCCUAUCGAAUGGCCAGAGUCUGUAGUCCGAUGUGCUAGGCGGUGGCAAGAGCAGAAACUCAGACCAGGCGAGACGGAUCCGCAGUAUCUCGAAGAUUUGAAGCAGGCGGCGAAACUCCUGGUGGAUGUCAGCAGUACGAACAAGAACAGCGUAUCGGAGAAGAUAGAGUCGUGGCAAAUAGCGACGGGGCAGAUCGUAUAA